AGAAGAAUCAUAAAGAAACCAAACAAAGAAAAGGAAAACACAAUAACCAAUUGUCACCUCCACUCUCUCUCUCUCUUCUUUAUAAUAGUAUUAAUAAGGAUGAGGUGCCAUGUGAGUUUAUUAUCUUCAUUUCCUCUUUUUUCUUUUCUCCCUUUACAAAUCCACAAACAAAUAUAAUCAUCUAUAGUGAGUGAAAAGACCAAAUUGCCCCUACCAUAAAAUAAAAUUGCUUUCCUGUAAAGAAAUUAACAGAUCAUAGUAUAAGCAAAAAUGGAGGAAGAGAAGAAGAAGAUGACGAUGAUGAUGAUGGCUACAACAACCAAUCCAACUAUCCCAGAAAGCCAAAGUUGGAAACUUUAUGACAACCCAUUUUACGAUUCUCAUCAAAAUCAUAAUCAUCAUCAUCACCAUAGCCAAAAGCUUCAAAAACAGAGCAAGAACCUUCAGUGUCUUCACAUUCCUAUCUCAGCCAGAAAAUUAGCUGCUUCUUUUUGGGAUCUGACCUUUUUCAGACCAGUAAUGGAAUCAGAGCUCGAUCAGGUUAAAACCCAAAUGGCCGAUUUGAAAACAGAGCUGGAAUGCGAACGCAGAGCAAGAAGGAAGCUUGAAGCUAUGAACAAGAGGCUGGUCAAAGAGUUGACCGAGGUGAGAAAGGGAAAAGAAGAAAUGGAGAAAAUGUGUGAAGAAAUGGCUAAAGAGAUUUCUUUUGAUAAAGGUGAGAUUUUUAGGAUGAAGAAAGAAUUUGAUGAAGAGAGAAAGAUGAUGAGAGUUUCUGAGGUUUUGAGAGAAGAAAGAGUUCAGAUGAAGUUAGCUGAAGCUAAGAUUUUUCUUGAAGAGAAGCUUUUGGAGUUUGAAAACUCUUCUUCUUCUAAAGCUUCUAAAGUUAAUAAUAAUAAUGAUUCUGUUUGUUUCUCGGGAAAAUUUAGAAAUUUGGUAUUGGGUAAUAAUAAUAAUAAUGAUAAUUCAAUUGUCUCAUCAAAAUCAUAUCUUGGUCAUCAUAUUGAUCAAAAUGAUUUUGGUAAUUCAACUGGUUUUUCUUCUUCUUCUUCAUCUUUACAGAUUUUCCCGAGAAAAUCAGCUUCCUCAGAAAGUGAAAAUCCUCAUAUAAAGAGAGGAAUUAAAGGGUUUGUUGAAUUUCCAAGAGUGGUUAGAGCAAUUGGAUCGAAACAUCAUAGGCAUUAUUGGGGUACAAAAUUGGAGUGUCAAAAAGCUCAGUUAAGGAUUUUUCUUAACCAAAAAAAUCCCAUUUCUUCAUCUAAUAAUAAUCUUGUUAUUAGUUAAAGAUAACAUUUUUAUUGUUGUUUUUAUUUUACUUUUCCUUCUUUUUUGAUUAAAGUUGUAAUCUUUUUUGUUUUUAGGACACAAAUGUAUGUGUGAUAAGUCUGGAUUAUUGUUGUUCUUGAUAAAAUAAUUACUAGAAUUAUGGUGUAGUAGAUACAUAUGUUGUUUAAGUUUGUAUCAUUAUUGUAUAUGAUUUUGUUAGAUCAUGUUGCUGUGGAUCUGGGCUAUAGUGUGUUCUUUUUUAAAAGGUUUGAAUUUUAAUAAAUAUUUUCUAUAUUGAGACCAAAA